GGCACCUAUUCUACACCCAGCUCACUGUGAAGACAAACAGGUUUAGUCAACAAAGUAAUAAUGGAUAAAUGAAGCAUUUUCUAAAUGUUCUGUUUAUUUGAAUGUUAUGUUCAUUUUUUCCCAUAAAACAAAAAAAAAUGAACAUUUCAUGUGUAUGGACCUAGUUUCUAAUAUAAAAAGGCUAUCUGAGGAUGUAUGUACAACAAGUAUGCAAAACUGUGUCUUACCUGUAGAAAAUGUAAUUUGUGACUUAUUUUAUAUUGUUACAUUUUAAAAGUUCAAGCUAAAAAUAAGAAUGUGGAUUUUUUUGGGGGUUUAAUUACAUACAUGGGGAAUUAAUCGUAAUGCAUCUCUUGUUAAAAGGAAAUAUGAUUUCCCAUUAGCAGUUCUCAGGUGACCUACUUACCUUUAAGAAACAGUCCUACGUAUCUAUUUCCCUUCGGGUUACUGAGUUCUUUGCCCUAUGGGAUUUUUUUCUAUGGGUUUUAAUGUUAAAUUUUUCCCCCAUGCCAAAACUAUAUAAAAUGGACACCCUGGUAUCUGUUAAUCAAAGACAAACUGAAGAGUUGCACUACUUCUCUACUGCAAAGGCAAAUCAUUGAAAAGGCAAUGGCACACAUCAGCUUAACCGUCACAGCUGUCCUGUUAGUGCUGGCGCUGAGUUCCUUCAGUGAAUCACAAUUUUUAGCUACUGGACCAUGCUGCCUUUCUUAUUCCCCAAAGCCACUGCCAUGCAGGUUCAUUAAAGACUACACACACCAGCAUGCCAAUGGUGUCUGCAAUAUUGAAGCAACAGUUCUCCUAACAGCGAGAGGAAAGAAAGUGUGUGCGAAUCCAAAGGCGGAGUGGGUUGUCGAAGCAAUCCAGUGUGUAAAUAACAGAAAGAUCUGGGCUGCAAAGCAUUGAUCUGGGCUGCAAGAAAAUACAGAAGAAUGAACUUGUGAAAAAUAAAAGCGUGCAAAAAGUGUUUGAUUAAAAUGUACAAAUCUUAAAUGGAUUAACUGUUAACAUU